AUGGCCAUGGCAGUUAAUGAGCUGCCGGAACUUGAUUUAUCGGAUUUCACCAGCAGCACCACCACAACCCCAGACCUGGAGGAUGAUCAGUCUCGUAGAUGGGGUGACUGGUCGCCGGUUGUAGACUGGGAAGCAUUUUCCGUUCAUCCCCAAGAGAACUUUCAUGACCUUCUCGAACCUGAAAUGGAUGAAGAUACAGAUAAGACAGUCUCCUACUCCGACGAUGAUCCGGAUCUUGUCUCUCCGAUGAUGAUUGAACCAGUAGUUGAUUGCCAUACAGACGAUAUUAAAGGUCUUCGGUUGGUUCACCUUUUGAUGGCUGCAGCUGAGGCGAUGACUAGCGACAACAAAGGUCAUGAUCUGGCUGCUGUGAUACUGGUUCGGCUCAAGGAUAUGGUGUCCACACAUGAAGGCACUAAUAUGGAGAGGCUCGCCGCCUAUUUCACCCACGCCUUACAUACACUGCUUGAAAGCAACGGCGGCGGCGGUGGUGGUGGUGGGUUACAUUAUAAACAACACCACCACCACCGGGAUGACAUCUUGGCGGCAUUCCAGCUCUUACAGGACAUGUCACCGUAUGUAAAGUUCGGCCAUUUUACAGCCAAUCAAGCAAUCAUCGAAGCAGUAACUCAUGAACGAAGAGUCCAUAUAAUCGAUUACGAUAUCAUGGAAGGCAUCCAGUGGGCAUCGCUAAUGCAAGCCUUGAUCUCCCGUAAAGACGGACCACCGCCUCCCCACCUUCGUAUCACCGCGCUAUCACUCCCCGGAAGUGGUCGGAGAUCCAUCUCCACCGUCCAAGAAACUGGGCGUCGUUUAGUUGCUUUUGCAGCUUCAAUCGGUCAACCUUUCUCCUUCCAUCAAUGCAAACUAGAUCCCAACGAAACUUUCAAACCUACAUCACUAAAACUAGUAAGAGGAGAGGCGAUCGUAAUCAACUGUAUGUUGCAUUUGCCACACUUCAGCUACCGGUCUCACACUUCGGUGGCAUCGUUUCUAUCUGGAUCCAAGACUCUAAACCCUAAACUGGUGACGCUGGUGGAGGAAGAAGGACCCAGAGUUGACGGUGGGUUCGUGGGUAGGUUCAUGGAUACACUGCACAACUACUCCGCAGUGUACGACUCUUUGGAAGCGGGGUUUCCGAUGCAGGGUAAGUCCCGGGCAUUAGUGGAACGGGUCUUUCUGGGUCCACGGAUACUUGGUUCAUUAGCUCGGGUGUAUCGGGAAGAGGGAGAAUGUGGUUCGUGGGCUGAUUGGCUGUUAGCGGCAGGGUAUCAUCAGGGUAACAUCAGCUUCGCCAAUCACUGUCAAGCUAAACUGUUGUUGGGUCUGUUUAACGAUGGGUAUAGGGUGGAGGAAUCUGGUUGUAAUAAGCUUGUUUUGGGGUGGAAAUCUCGCCGGUUGUUGUCUGCUUCCAUUUGGACCGCUGCCCAGUCUGAUUGA